CAUAACAAAUGUUACUCUAUAACGUAAUAUAUUUAUACAAUAAUUAUAAUCCAUAAUAAAAAUUUGAUAAAUAAAAGUGUCAAUAAUAUUAUAUUCUUAAAAGAUACAUAUAUAAAAAAAUUAUUCUUAUGUAUUUAAGGUUACGUCAUGAAAACGUUAUAGGUAAUAAGUUAUAAGUUAUAACAUUCUUCUUUUACCACAGUAUGAGCUCACAAUACGAAUAUACUAAUAAAUUUAAACGUGAAUAUCAAUAUGACGAUAGACGAAAGAAAAAUAAAAGUAAUAGUUCCAAAUCACUGCCCAAACAAAGCUAUAACCAAGAAAUUAUAUCAACUGACAGAGAAGUAAUUUAUAAAUCUGAUAAAGAUUAUGAUAGUUUCUGUUUCACUAAAUACAAACAUGAAUUAAACAAAAUAUUCUCAGGGAAUUUGAAUACAGUACAGGAUACUGAUGACUUUUGGAAAUUUGUUAAUAAAUAUGAAACUGUACAAAAGAAACUUAAUACUUCUGAUACUGCAGUUAAUUUUUCGUUGAAUGAUAUUGGUGUACCAAAGAUAUAUCACAAAUUACAUUGUAUAAAUUUCAAACUGAGUUUAAACUUUAAUGAAUUAUUUGCACGUGUUCCUCCGACUGAAGCAUUAACAAAGGAACAGUUAUCAAGAUUUCAGAACAUAAUAAUUUUGUAUUUAGAUUUUAAACAGAAAGAAAAGUUUGCUAAAUUGAAAAAGCUUAGAGAAUCACAAGCAAAUUUGCCAGUUUAUCAGUAUAAGCAAAAGAUUAUCGAAACAAUAAAAAAUGAAAGAGUAGUUAUUAUAGCUGGUGAUACUGGUUGUGGAAAGUCCACUCAAGUACCACAGUAUUUAUAUUCGGCAGGCUUUCAAAAAAUUGCUUGUACGCAACCCAGGAGAAUAGCUUGUAUAUCAUUAGCCAAACGCGUUGCCUUUGAAACACUGACAGAGAAUUGCAACCAGGUUGGAUAUCAAAUUCGUUUUGAGAAACAAAGAAAUCAAGAUACUAAAAUUACUUUUAUAACAGAAGGACUUUUGUUAAGACAGCUAUCUGGAGAAUCUACCAUAUUACCCUAUGAUGUAAUUGUUUUGGAUGAAGUACACGAACGUCAUUUACAUGGAGAUUUUCUUCUUGGCAUUAUGAAGUGUAUCAUUAAUCAAAAACAGGACUUAAAAUUAGUGCUCAUGUCUGCUACCAUUAACAUUGAACUUUUUGGUAAUUACUUUGCAAAAGAGGAUGUUAAAAUAAUACAGGUUCCUGGAAGAUUAUAUCCCAUUCAGUUAUUAUAUAGACCUAUUACCAUAGAAGAUUUUCGGUACAAAAAUGAUAGAUUCAAUCCAAGCCCUUAUGUACAAAUAAUGCAAAUGAUUGAUCAAAAAUAUCCAGUUGAUGAAAAAGGCGAUUUGUUAAUAUUUCUAAGUGGAAUGAGUGAAAUUACUGCAGUUGUAGAUGCAGCAAAAGAGUAUAGUCAGAAGAAAAAUAACUGGAUUGUCUUACCGCUUCAUAGCACUUUAGCUAUCAGCGAACAAGACAAAGUAUUCGAUUACGUUCCUGAAGGAGUGAGAAAGUGUAUCGUAUCAACGAAUAUAGCUGAAACUUCUAUUACUAUAGAUGGAAUUAGAUUUGUUGCUGAUAGUGGAAAAGUAAAAGAAAUGAGUUAUGACCCCUCGUGUAAAAUGCAACGGCUAAAGGAAUUUUGGAUUAGCAAAGCCAGUGCCGAGCAAAGGAAAGGAAGAGCUGGUAGAACUGGACCUGGAGUUUGUUAUAGGUUAUACUCGGAAGAAGAAUAUACGGGGUUAGAAAAAUAUUCAACUCCAGAAUUACAACGCGUGCCUUUAGAUUCCUUACUUUUACAAAUGAUAGCCAUGGGACUUCCAGAUGCGCGAAAAUUUCCUUUUAUAGAACCACCACCAUCAGACAGUAUAGAAAACUCUAUUUUAUCAUUAAAAGAACAUGGUGCACUUACAGAUAAUGAAAAGAUAACGUGUAUUGGAAAAACACUUGCACGUUUACCUGUUGAUAUAACAAUAGGGAAAAUGUUAAUAAUGGGUUCAGUUUUUCAUCAGGUUGAACCAGUACUAUCCUUGGCUGCCGCUUUAAGUAUACAAACACCAUUUACAAAUAGAGCGUAUAGAGAUCCAGAAUGUGAGACAUCUAGAAAAAAAUUGGAAUCUGAUCACGGUGACCCAAUAACAUUACUAAACGCAUUCAGAGAAUGGUUGGAAAUGAAACAACAAAAUUCUCAGGAAUCUAGAAGUUCUGGCAAUAGCAGUAGAAAAUGGUGUAAAAGAAGAGGCUUGGAAGAACAAAGAUUUUAUGAAAUGACGAAAUUAAGAGCACAGUUUAAAGAACUACUUCAAGAUUGUAGCUUAUUAAAAAAUCUUCCAGAACCAAAUUCUUCCAUGAGUAGUGCAGAGCGUGCAAUUAGACAUGGAGAACUGAAACUUUUAAAGUCUUUGAAAAGAACUUAUAAGCAAAGUGAACCCAGAAAGCGAAAACAAUUAAAAUUGGAGACUUUUGAUAUACACUUAGAAGAUAAUGAUAACGACGAAAAAGAAAUUGACAUAAAAGAUGUUGAAUUUCGUAUGAGAAACGAUCCAAGUCAAGUUCAAAAUUUAUUGGUCGCAGCUAGUGCAUGCAGUUAUAAGGAUUUAACAAUGUUAAAGUUAAUAUUGUGCAGUGGUUUAUAUCCACAAUUUGCAUGUGCCGAUGAAUUUAAUUAUUGUAAGUCAAUGAGUGAACAAUUGUUUCAUACAAAAGCAAAACCGUAUAUUGCCUUACAUCCAAUGAGCUUCUUUGGAAACCAUCCACAAAUACUACAGUUAGAAGAAACUGAUAUUGUAUCAAUAUUAGGAUUCAAAAGUAAAACUCCUGUUAGUCCAAAACAUACAAUAUUAGCAUAUUUAUCUCUUUUAGAAACGACAAAGCCUUAUUUAGUAAAUACCCUUAGAAUGCCUGCUGCACAAACGUUACUUCUGUUCGCACGUGAAAUUGAUACGAACAGUACAUUUUCAAUAAUUGUAUGUGAUUCCUGGUUAGCAUUAGAAUUUCCAGUACCUGAUAGCGGUCAAACGUUAUUAAUGAAAGCUACUAAAUUACGACACAAAUGGGAUUUUUUACUAAAUCAACGCUUACAAGAGCCAAACACAAAUGAUAAUGAAAAACAAGAUUUUAGUGAAAUCGAGUAUACGCUUACUCAAGAAUUGAUUGACUAUAUGCACACCACAGUUCCUUAUACAUUAAAACGACUUUUACCAGCCGAUCUGAAGACAAUCUAUGUGGGAAGCACUGAAAACAACGUAUCUAUAGAUCCUAAUCCAUUUCAGUCAGAUUUUCAAGUAAUUUCCAAUUCAACUAAAGGGGGAGUUCAUUUAACAAAUACCAUCACAUAUAAUUGUUUGAAAGAAACUGAAUGGAGUGAUAAGCUUUUUUUAGAAAUGUCAGAAACAGAAUGGCAAUGCCAUAAUUGUAAUAUGCAAGCAGUUCUUACAAGCAUACAAAAGUUACAACAUCAACAGUCCUGUAAUAAGCAAUAUACAAAGGAAAUUGAAAAGCCUUCUAACAAUAUUAAACGUAAAUCCAAUACACAGACUUACGAGUGUCCUGACUGCGAGCAAAUACUGCAUCUAACACCAAUCGAAAUACUUAAACACAAGAAGUCACAUAUUAAAUGAAUCUUUUUU